AUGUAAUAGUCGUUUUAUUUCAUGGGAAGUAAAGUCAUUGCACAGAUUCACGGGACAUCAAUGCAAGUUCAGGAUGUUAACAAGUGAAUGCACAUCUGUUGUGCGUAAUUACGCAUUUAAAAAAAAAAAAAAAAGUAUUUCUAAUCUGCACUUUGUCCAGUUGGGUCCCACCGCCUUGCUGCCAAUCUGAAGCCACUUCUCUGCUCUGCCAAGUGCUAUUUCAGGUCACUUGGGUCCGGUUUCAACUGCAGUGGCACAACUUGACAAACAGGUCGUGGGACCGCCUUCAGACCAACACCUGUAUUUUCCGAUCCUUUAUAAAAACGCACCCGAUCUUCCCACAAACUAGAAACCACGACAAGAGCUCCAGCAUUCAUCAGGGGCGAAGCUGACGUCGCCUGAUUUACAGGACAGCCAAUCCCCGCUGCAGCUUUACUGACAGGCAGACGCUCCUCUCUAAGCCGAUCAACCCGGAAUUAGAGCGCAGCUCUCGCAGAGGAGAAACCAAACAAGGCAAGAAACUCGGAUCGCUUUCAUUUCUGCUCCCGAAGAAACAACAACAACCUCUCGUCAACAUGAUGAUGCAGCUGCCAGAAUCCUACAUUCAGAAGAACUCCCUCUUCAACUCCAUGAACCGCUUCAUCGGCGCGGUCAACAACAUGGACCAGACCGUCAUGUUGCCCAGCAUGCUGCGGGACGUCCCGCUGGAGGAGGACAGGGAGAUGAGCUCCCUGAAGUCGGAUGAGGACGAGGGGGACAUGUACAGCUACUACCAGCUGCUCAAGUCCAUCCGCAGCGACAUCGAGUUGGGGGUGCGUUGCGCGGCGGCCGACGAGAGGCGCAAGGAGAGCAUGGCGAUCAGCCGCAUGAACUCGUCCGCGUCCAUCGCCUCCAGCGUGUCGCUGUCGUCGUCAGAGGAGGACGACGAAGAGGACGAGGAGGAGGAGGACGAGGACUUGCAGAAGCAGGUCCAGUACCACCUGACCGGGCUGCAAGGGGUGCUGUCCAAGCUCACGCUGCAGGCCAACUUUCUCACCAAGCGCUACAAGCAGGAGGUCGGGAUCGGCCAGUAACUGAGGAACUGAGAGCCCGACGUUUAUUUUCAUUUUCAUUAGACUUCUCUCAACGGGCCUUACUACUACUGAUGACAUUUGUGAAAGAACAUUUGAAU